AUGGUUGAAAAUACUGGGUAAGACAAUUUUCAUUAUUUCUGUGACUUCGCUAGAGCUCGAAUAAGGAUUAAAUCUACGGUUGAGGCAAGGUUAGGGCUAAAGCUAAGGUUACGUUUUAAACUUACAAGCUUUUUUUAAUCUUUAUCAGAUUUUAAAAACAAUUUUAAAAAUAUUUUUUUAAUUUUUAGGUUUUUCAAAAACAAAACAGUGUUCAUUUCUGGUGGAUCAAGAGGCAUUGGGCUGGCCAUUGCAAAAAAGUUGGCCGCAGAUGGAGCUAAUAUUGUCAUAGCAGCCAAGACGGCCGAACUUCAUCCUAAACUAGAAGGUAAGACUUUUAUACCUCCGCCUUUAUAAGAUUACUUAAACACAAAAAUUUUUUGCUUAUCCAAUUGGCGUUCAAGGCCAUAACUGCAUAACUUUAUGUUACGUUAAGGCACUAAAAAUUUUAAUUUCAUUGCAGGUACAAUCUACACAGCAGCCAAAGAAAUCGAAAAAGCUGGAGGAAGAUGCCUGCCUCUAGUAAUGGAUGUUAGACAUGAAGAAGAAGUUGAAAAAGCAGUCAAAAAAACUGUCAAACACUUUGGAGGUAUUGACAUACUACUGAACAAUGCUUCAGCAAUCAAUACCAGUGCUACUGAGAAAACAAACAUGAAACAGUAUGAUCUAAUGCAGCAUAUCAAUACUAGAGGAACUUUUUUUAUGUAAGAGGAUUACUGUAUUCUAUUUGAAGACUACCCUAUCCUACGCUACGCUACGCGACCCUACCCUACCCUAUCCUGCCCUACCCUACACUGUACAUUAUAUACCUUUUCAGGUCAAAAAGCUGCAUUCCAUACCUAAAAAAGUCUUCCAACCCUCACAUCCUCAACAUCUCUCCUCCCCUCAACCUAGAUCCACAAUGGUUUCGAUACCAUGUAGGCUACACAAUCUCAAAAUACGGAAUGAGUAUGUGUGCUCUAGGUAUGGCUCACGAAUUCGCUGCUGAUGGUAUUGCUGUCAAUGCCUUAUGGCCAAGAACUGCCAUUUGGACAGCGGCCAUUAAAUUGGCUAGCCGUGAUCAGAAUGCCAAAAAUUAUUGUCGCAAAGAUGACAUUAUGGCUGACGCUGCAUAUUUGAUAUUGAGUAAACAAAGCAGGAGGUUUACUGGACAAUUUGUACUUGAUGAUGAGAUAUUGCAAGAGCAUGGAGUUACUGACUUUGACCAGUUCAAGUUUGUUGAUGGUAAGUAUUAUACGCCUUCUCUACUGUACCAUCCCCUAGCUCACCCUACCCUACCCUACCCUACUCUACACUAUCCUCCUGUUUCUAACCCCACUCUUCCCUCCACUACCCUAUCUUGUCCUGUCCUACCUUACCCUAAUGUUCCUUACCCUAUCCUACUGUGCCUUACCCUAUUCUACCCUACUGUUUUUUACCUUGCCUUACUAUUUCUUACACUACUCUAAACUUUUUUCGUAUCCUACCCUACCAUGCAAUGCUGUAAUUUUGAAAAACAUCAUUUUAGGCCCUUUGGUAACCGACUUCUUUGUUCCCGGUGUACCCUACUCUGGACCUUUUACACAUGCCAAAAUAUGA